AAACAAAACCCUAGCACCCCUCACAAUUCUUCAUCACUUCAUAUAGGGUUUGCAUCUCAUUUCCCCAAGACCCUCCGCCGCUGCGUCUCCGCCGUCAACCACCGCCAACUACCGCUCCGCCAUGGCGUCAGAGAAGAAAUUGUCGAACCCGAUGAGGGAGAUCAAGGUUCAGAAGCUGGUUCUCAACAUCUCCGUCGGUGAAAGCGGCGAUCGUCUCACCAGAGCUGCUAAGGUGUUGGAGCAACUGAGUGGGCAAACCCCUGUUUUCUCCAAGGCACGAUACACUGUUCGAUCAUUCGGUAUCAGGCGUAACGAAAAGAUUGCAUGCUACGUCACAGUCAGAGGUGACAAGGCAAUGCAGCUUCUCGAAAGCGGCUUGAAGGUGAAGGAAUACGAAUUGCUGAGGCGCAAUUUCAGCGAUACUGGAUGUUUUGGUUUCGGUAUCCAGGAGCAUAUUGAUCUCGGAAUCAAGUACGACCCUUCUACGGGUAUCUAUGGUAUGGAUUUCUAUGUUGUCUUGGAGCGACCUGGUUAUCGCGUGGGCCGCCGCCGUAGGUGCAAGUCUAGAGUUGGAAUCCAACACCGUGUCACUAAGGAAGACUCGAUGAAGUGGUUUCAGGUGAAAUACGAAGGUGUUAUUCUCAACAAGGCAACCAACAUCGGAACUUAAUUUCCUUAUUAUUUAUAUAUAUUUUUUCCAACGGUCCGAAUUUUUCCGCUCGAAGUUUUGUAGAAUUCUAUUGGUUGUUCUUGAGCGACAAUUUUAUUUGCGUGCUGUGACGAUCUUUGAAUUUUUGGCAGGACUAAUAUUUUGUUGUUCUUUUUAUUCGAUUAAAGUAGCUAUUGAAUUCUACUGUGGUGUUCGUCAUGAUAAUGGUGAUUGAUUUUAUUA